AUGAACAAAAAGAAAAAAAAAAACACACUCGGAGAACAGAAAAAAAAACCCACUGAAGGUGACCACAACUCUCGUUCAUCGCAGCCCUCUUCUCCGACGACGUUGUCGUCACCACCCGUAGCCGCCCGACUCGCCUUCUUCCCCGGCGCAUCUUCCCUCCUGUCUCUUAGCCUCUUUACUCGAUUCUUCCCCAAAAAGACCAUGUACAGGUGGCAUUCACAAGGGAAUACUAACAUAUUUGAUGCUUUCAAGUGUGUUCUCAAGGAUAGAUACAUGGAUCGGAUGAAGCAUAUCAGGAUUAAAUCUGAGGACAUGACGAUAAAUGAAGGGAAACCCGUCCCCCCAAGUCAUAGUACCUACUUCGAAGGAUGCAUAACUACCGCCAAAGCGCAUAAGUGGAGAAAGAAUUCAAAAAUUGCUCAGCAGAACUGCAAAGCCGCAAAUGCUAAUGGUUUUACAGCAAGACACAUCGCGGGUAGUAUAGGAUUUGAUGAGCACUGUAAACACUUAGAGGCAUAUCUACAAGGGUUGGUCAAAAAAUACGGAGAAGACCCUUCGAACCAUAAAGAUGAUACAGGGGUAUGGGAGGAAACCCAAAUUAAGAGAAAAGGAAAGAAGAAGGGUGAUAUCUAUGGCAUAGGAGCAUCAUAUAUACAUUUUCUGGUUUCUGGGAGUCCAUCUUCCGAAUCCACCCAAUCAGAUAGUACACAACAAGAGGUUGAUAGGUUGCAUGCACAAGUUUCUACCAUGGAACAACAACAACAACAAAUGAAAGAACAAAUGGAAAUGUAUAUGAGGAUGAUGAAUAUGUCUGGAAAUCAACCCCGUGCUCCCCCCAAUAAUCCACAUGAGGACAAUUGA